CUCUGUCUGCAUGUGAACAGAUGUUACAACCUGUAUCCUUGCAACCAGGCAUGCCUUCUCAAGUCAACCCAGACAGGAAACUCUCCAAGGGAGACAUGAGUCUCGCGAAUUGACCGGAAUGCCCCUCGCCGGUGCCCGGUGAAGCAGUCCACGGCAAGGAAAGUGACGAGAGUGCCCCUGACAUUGCUUCUCGGAAACAGAGCGUUCUGUUUAGCUCUGCCCGGGGGAAUCAGCCCACGACCACCAACAUGACUCCCUGUUCCUUUGCUGUCAUCCAUAGCAAUCUCGCCGUCUUUUUAUAUCUUCUCUACAAGCACGCCGGAAUAUAAAUUCGUUCUACACGCAUUGCGUUCGAUUCAUCGACAUAGAAGAAAAGCACCCACGAUCACGUCACUCUUCGUACCCAGAAAGAUCGAGAAAAGCUACCGACUUUUGCUCGUAAAUCCGUCAUGGACGGUGGCGUCCCCAAAAGUGUGGAGUUCGAGGACAUGUCGCCGGCGAUAGCGGAGAAGCUGGGCGGCGACGGGCUGAUCCGAGAGCUGUGCAAUGGGUUCGAGCUCCUGAUGGACAGGGAGAGGGGGGUGAUCACGCUGGAGAGCCUGGGGAGGAACAGCGCGGUGCUGGGCCUCCAGGACCUGAGGGAGGACGAGCUCGCCAGCAUGCUCUGGGAGGGCGACGUCGACGGCGACGGCGUGCUGAGCCAGACGGAUUUCUGCGUCCUCAUGUUCCGGCUGAGCCCCGAGCUGAUGGAGCAGUCGAGGGCGUGGUUCGAAGAGAUCGUCGGGGAAGAGUUCAGGAGAGAGAGAGAGAGAGAGAGAGAGAGAGAGAGAGAGAAGAGAUAG